AUGGGGAGCAGCGGGUCGGCGUUGAGGGUCUGUGCGGACCACAGCGGGGGCAUCAAUUGGCUGAGUCUGAGCCCCGACGGCCAGCGCCUGCUGACGGGCAGCGAGGACGGCACGGCCCGCCUCUGGAGCACCGCGGACGGCCAGUGCUGCGCGCUCCUACAAGGUCAUGAGAGCUAUGUGACCUUCUGCCAGCUGGAGGAUGAAGCUGCGUUCACCUGCAGUGCCGACUGUACCAUCCGGAGAUGGGAUGUCAGGACCGGGCAGUGUCUGCAGGUGUACCGAGGGCACACGUCCAUCGUGAACAGGAUCCUAGUUGCGAAUGACCAGCUCUUCAGCAGUUCCUAUGACCGGACGGCACGAGCGUGGACCGUGGACAAAGGGCAAGAGUCCAAGACGUUCCGAGGCCACCGCAACUGUGUGCUGACACUAGCCUACUCUGCCCCCCAGGACCUGCCCAGUGAUCCCUGCUUGGAGGCAGCCAUGGGUGGCGGGCUCCUAGUGACUGGCAGCACGGAUGACACAGCCAAGGUGUGGCAGGUGGCCAGUGGCUGCUGCCACCAGACACUCCGGGGCCACACAGGUGCAGUGUUGUGCCUGGCACUAGAUGUGUCCAGCCACACAGCCUUCACAGGCAGCACUGAUGCUACCGUCCGUGCGUGGGACAUCCUGAGUGGGGAGCAGCUGCGGGUUUUCCGGGAGCACCAGGGCUCUGUCAUCUGUCUGGAGCUCACAGACCGGCUCUUGUACACAGGCAGUGCAGACAGGACUGUCAAGUGCUGGCUGGCUGACACAGGGGAGAGGGUGCGCACGUUCCCGGCACACAGACACGGCGUGAGCGCCCUCAAGUACCACGCAGGCACCUUGUUCACGGGCAGUGGGGACGCCUGCGCCCGGGCUUUUGAUGCCCAAUCAGGAGUGCUGCAGAGGGUGUUCCGAGGCCACACCUUUGUCAUCAACUGCCUCCAGGACCCUUCUAGCCAAGGCAGAACUUCGGCUGGCCUGCCUCCAGUUCUGACAGCUGAAGCCUGUGCUGCCAGGCCUUCCCUGCUGAGGAAAUGGGACUUCUUACAAAAGUCAUGUCGUAUUGGCAGGCUGUGUGCCACAAGAUCCCUCCUGAAGAACUCAAAUACACGUCAUUCAAAGUGCUCCAGUGUCAUUUUUUGGUUUCAUUUUGGAGGCCUAUUGGCCUGCCACAGCUGUGCCCUGAUACCUGGCCUGGGUCAUCAUCUCCCCUUCUGGUUGAGAAGAGGGCUUAUCAACUAAAGUCAUUUAUACAGCAGUAGCCUUGGGAGAGGCCAGGGAACAAGGAACCAUCUCUUCAACUGGCCUGCUUGACAGGAGACCCCUGCCUUGGAGUGCCUACCCAUUUCUGGACAUUAAUCCAGGAACUUUCUGUCAAGGUGUGGUGUUGAACAGCUGGAUAGGGCCACCUGAUCUUGUGCAGAAAUGGCAGCACUAUUCCAGAUGUGGUAGAGUCACUGGACACACACCAGUGUGGGGUGGAGAGGUGGCCCAGCAGUUAAGAGCACAUACUGUCCUUGCAGAGGACCAGAGUCUGGCUCCCAGCACUUGUGUGUGCUACCACAAGCACCUGUAACUGUAGUUGCAGGUGAUAAAACGCCCUCUCCUGGCCUCAUUGGCACUUGCACACACACUGUACACAGCUAUACACAACAGAUACAUAUACAAUUUAAAAGUAAAAAUAAAUCUUUUUCCUGCUUAUUUGAGACAGGGCUUGGGGCCCUGGCUGUCCUGGAAUACACCUAGAUCAGAAUGUCCUUGAUCAGCCUGCCCCUGCCUCUCUCGUGCUGGGAUAAAAGGUCUGUACCUAUACAACCAUUGCCUGUUCCCCUGCCUUUUUUAUUUAAACUGUUGUUAUCUUCGCUACAGAGAACCCUGCCAGAGAGAUGGUAUAGGAAGCAUGGGUGCCAGCUGGGAGCCUCCCUCAGUGUGGUGUUGGUGACAGGUUGCUGUGUGUGUUUUCUUAGGAAAACACUAUUUUGCAAAGUGUUCUUGGGAAAACACUAGAAUAUUUUGCCUUGACCCAGCACAACCAAUUGGGUUUCUACUUCAAAAGCAUAGUGGCUCAGGAGGCAGAGGCAGGCGGAUCUCUGUAAGUUCGAGACCAGCCUGGACUACCAAGCGAGUUCCAGGACAGCCUCCAAAGCCACAGAGAAACCCUGUCUCGAAAAACCAAAAAAAAAAAAAAAAAAAAAAAGCAUAGUGGCCUUGGUUUGGUGUUGAGGACAUGAGGGUACCCCUACUCUUUCCCCAGCACCCGUGGCCUGCUUGUGUGUGGUGCUGUUGGAUGCUGAGCCGGAGGCACCCUCCACCACACCAGGACUGAACUGUAGUUAAGUGGUAGAGUGCUUGCUUAGCCUUUGAGAGGAAGGAAGCAGGUAUCUGUGACACAUGUUCAGCUGGCCAGGAGGAGGAACAGAGCUUUCUACCAGAUGCCUGGCCAGGAGAACAAACAGGUACGGAUGGGAGUUUUACCAACACAAGACAAUUUCAAGUGAUGUGAUCAGCAUCGAUGACAUCAGGCCAAACCCAACACAUCACUACACAGCUCCAGGAUGACUUCAUCCCCCAUAAGCAUGCUCCAUGCCUGCCCUGGUCCUCUAACCUGUGGGUGCUCUGCCACCUCCAGUCAAGUCCCCACCUGCUUUUUGGGGCUCUGUGAAGUCUCAGCAGGCUCUUCAUUUUUGUCCCAACACACUCUUCGUGCACCCAGAACCAUCUCCCUCCAACUCAUGAGUCACCCUUACCUGUCUCUUCCUCCUACCCUGUCCAUAACAGAACCUGUGUCCAUAAUAGAAUAUUCUGGAAUACUCUCUGACUCUCUGAAUCUCUCUCAAACCCCACUCUGGUGCCAUGAGCCCUUCCCUUCUUCAGCUCCCCCCUAUGGCCACUACCCUAUGCAGGCAAGGACAUCUUGCUGGCUCUGCUUGCCCAUGGCCCACUCCCACACUGCAUCUCUGCAGCAGACACAUGCUGCCAUGGCAGUGAUGCCCUUGCUUUUGGUGUUCAACAACAUUUAACAGUAAGGAAUCCAGAAAACACAGCUGGCACCAUGCCCAGGAUGGGGUCUGGUUAGCCAAUAGUUUCAAGGCAACCUGCCCCACCCUGCACUUGUGAAGGCACACACUCUGGUGGCCUGCUUCACAGCCCCUCGCUGAGACUCACUCCUUCCUGGUCAUAGCUGAACCUUGCUGAUGCUGAGGCCCGACAAGGGCUCUGCUGCAGAGCCACACUCCAGCCUCUAGGCUGCUUUUGAGUAACAGUCCACUCAGUCCCAACACACAAAAUGGAAUGAAAAACGUGAACAACCGAGAAGCAACUUACUGCACUAGGCCAAAGACAUUCAAUUGCAUUCUCCACGUUUAUUUCCAUCAGCAUCAUCCACUUCCAAAGAACAGAGAGGGGCUAACAAGAUGACUCAUCAGGGAGUGGGACUUACCACCAAGCCUGAGAACCUGAGUUCAGUCCCUGGCACUCACAUGGUGGAAAGAGAACCAAUUACCACACGUUGUCUUCUGAAUGCCCAGACUUGUGCUAUGGCAUGUUUUCCCCAUCCCCCACACAAAUAAAUAUGUAUAGUAAAAAAAAAAAAAAAAAAAAA